ACUCUGAAGCUUUGGAAAACCAGUCGAGAGAUAUGGGUGCAGGUGAAAACUGUUACCCAAGACCUGUAAACGGACGACGAGUCACUUAUCCUGAGCAGUCGUCGUUCCCCAGAGCAUUCGGUCAACGGCCGACCUAUCAAACCGGGAAACCAACUUUUACACCGUCUGCGUACAACGCUAACAAAAGCACCGGGAAAACGAACGGAAAAGUUAUUAAUUACUACCUUUCAAAGAACAACGAAGUUAAACUUCAAACUUGUGAAAACGCGUGGGUUCCACGGUGCUUGAAGCAAAAUAUUGCAAGUGGUUCACCGGACGGUAACAGCACAGAGGAAAUUCGGAAGAAAUUUAUGGCAAUCCUCAAUAAGAUUUCGCCGGAAAAUAUGAACGUGUUGGCCGAGAGCAUUACAUCUCUGCCAAUCGAUACGGACGAUAAAUUGAAAACCGUAAUUGAUCUGUUGUUUCAAAAGGCGAUAGUUGAACCGAAUUUUACCCCCCAAUAUGCGUACAUCUGUACUGCAUUAGACGAAAGUUUUAAAAAAUCAGAAAAUAAAAAGGAUAAAACUACGUUUAUAAAAUUAUUGACGAAGUGCUGUAAAGAAAGGUUUAAUGCAAUGAAAGUCCAUGAACAAAAUUUGGCUAAGAGUCUUGAAGUGAUUAAUCAAUGCAAAGAUCAAGAAGUAAAAAGCAAACUGCAGUCCGAGUACGACCAGGACGAAAUGGUCCACAGGAAAAAGUCCGUAGGAAAUUGCCGGUUCAUGUGUGAAUUACACAAAGUUCAUAUAAUUUCCAACGGGACACUAGAAGAGUGUAUAAAUUAUCUUCUGAAAUGUACGAACGAAGAAACACUGGAAUGCGCAUGCAAUAUUUUAAAGCACGCAGGAAAGUCUUUAAACACUAAAGUUGCGUUCAGAAAACUAGAAGAGUAUAAAUCUUUGGUGAACAAAACAAAAAUUUCAUCAAGAAUUAGAUUUAUGAUAUUGGACAUUAUAGAACUGAAGGAAAACGAUUGGGUACCACGGAAUGCCCGUACAAAACCGACAUUAUGCCCUAACAAAGUGGUUACAAGCGUGAGAAAAACAGAUUAUAGACCAUCCACGAAUGUGCAGUACAAACCUGCAGUAUUGCCAAUGGACGAUAAACGCGUGAAUACAAUCGGUCAUAACGAUUCGUCAUCAGCAAUGUGUGUUAGUGAUGCGAAUAAUGUUAAAAAAUCAUCAGUAUUGGCAUGCGUACGAUCCGAUUCCAGUUCUACCAAUACUGGAAUAUACUAUCAAUCACUGAAAAACGAAAAUACUGGAGUACAAGUAACUUAUAUUGAUGGACCGCGAUCUAUUUGUGUAACAUAA